ACGUUUUCUUACAACCUGUUCGAUCUCAUAACUUCACAGGUGUUCAAACUGUCGGUUUGGUUUUUGAAGUGGUUUGGUUGCGCGAGUCAAAUUGACCUUAGGAAAAAAAGUGCUUUGAACAGAAAUGCAAUGGUUCUAAAUUCUGGAUACAAUAAAUGCUGAUUUUAAGAUGGUGGAUGUUCUUUUUAAUAGUCUCCUAAAGAAUAAAGAACUAGUUGAUGAACUUACAGCAGCUUGCACUGCCCCUUCAAUUAAUCGUCAUCUUGAUGGUGAAGAUGCUUGGAAAUCAUUUCGGGAACAUCCUUUAACAGCGGCAACAACAGCCAUGUUAAAUAUUGGUGGAUCCUCGUUACAAGAACAGAAUCCUGUGGGACUUCUUUAUGAAUAUUAUAAACUCGAAAAAAUGGAUAAAUCUCUUCCUGACUUCUGGACGGUUGCCAAUUCAGUGUCAAAUAGUCAAAACAGUGUUUUCAGCAAUGGUAAUGUAUCCUCUUCAAUCCCCGUGCAUUUACUUCAAUCACAAGCAGCAGAUAUACUAAAGAAUCGAAAAUUCGUCGACGAAUUAACUCCCCAAGAAGUUGAGCUCUAUUUGAGAGAAAACAUUGUAAAACAAGAAGAUCCAAACGAUACUGAGGAGUUAAUCGUUCCAACAAGUGGAAUUGUGCACAAAUCCUCAAACAUCAUAACCAAUUCCUCGACAGACGACAGACUUCAGAGACCUUUGUCACCACUUCCAAUGAUUCAUGUAAAGCAGGAGUCAAUGUCUGAUGAAGUAAAAGGGGAACCUGCUAGUUCUGUGAUUACCAGUCAUGUCUUAGCUCAAGGUUAUGAGUCCUUAGCAGCUCAGUUUUCCGGGAAUCUACAGUAUGCAGGCCAAUCCCCAAAUGUGUAUAUGGUUACUUCACCGGAAUACCGAGGACUUACUGACUAUUACACCGAACAAAUUCGGCAAACUAAUGGUAUAUCUGCUUAUUCGGAUACUUCUAAUACAAGUACGCUUGUUGAUCGCUAUAUCAGGCAAGUUGCUAAUUAUAAAGGAAAUCUGCCAACUUUGACUGUGGAUCUACCAUCUCCUGAUAGUGGAAUAGGUGAUACUAUGAUAACUCCACGGGAUAACAGCGCUUUGUCCCAUGUUGAAGUUUUUGACUAUUCCGAUCUUUCUCAAACACCAAGCAUCUUACAAACAGAUUUAAUGCCUAGUAGGCCAGCAAGUUCUUCCAGAAAAUCUUGGCAAGAAUACGGACGUCAUCCUGAGCUCGACAGAAUUCAGAUUCCUAAACUAUAUUCUGACGUUGGUUUUCGAUAUUUUCUUGAAUCUCCCAUUUCCACAAGUCAAAGGAGAGAAGAUGAUAGAAUAACAUACAUCAAUAAAGGUCAAUUUUAUGGGAUUACUCUUGAAUAUAUUCCUGAUCAUGAGAAAGCACCCAAGAGUACUACAGUCAAGUCUGUCGUUAUGCUUAUGUUCAGAGAAGAAAAAGCACCCGACGAAGAGUUGAAAGCUUGGCAGUUUUGGCACAGUCGGCAACAUUCGGUGAAGCAAAGAAUUUUAGAUGCUGACACUAAAAAUAGCAGUGGGAUAGUUGGCCAAAUAGAUGAAAUAACGCACAAUGCCAUUGCAUUUUAUUGGAACCCACUUGAAAGCCCUGCAAAAGUGAACAUAGCCGUGCAGUGUUUGAGUACUGAUUUUAGCAACCAGAAAGGUGUAAAGGGUCUUCCUCUCCACUUGCAAAUAGAUACUUUUGAUGAUUUCCGAGAGAAUGCCACUCCUUAUCAUCGAGCAUACUGUCAAAUCAAAGUUUUUUGUGAUAAGGGAGCUGAACGUAAAACAAGAGAUGAAGAACGAAGGGCUGCUAAAAGAAAACUAACAGUAGCAAAUGGUGAUCCAGCUUUCCCAGGUAGAAGAAAGAUUGAAGAAAUGUAUCAUUUAUCAUGUGAUAGAUCAGAAUUCUACUCGAUGAGUGAUCUUCUUAAGCCACCAAUUCUUUUUACUCCAACUGAAGACAUAGACAAGAUCAAUUCCAUGGAUUUGUCUUUUUAUGCAAACCAUAAUCCACUACUAGAAGAAAACAACACUAUUGGAAAUGAUAGUCGAGACACUGAUACUACAGCAUCGCCUCCACCUCCAAAGAGGAUGAAGACAUUUCCACAACAUAGAGUACUUGUUUAUACUCGUCAAGAUUCAGAAGAAGCAUUCCAGCCACUUCAUAUUUGUCCACCAACGCUUGCUGGCCUAGCGAAAGGGAUUGAAAACAAGUACAGCAUCAAUAUUGACAGUAUAAGAAAUGUAUACAAAAAGAAUACGAAAGGAAUUACAAUUCAAAUUGAUGAUGAUAUUGUUAAGCAUUACAGCAAUGAAGAUGUUUGCAUUCUUGAAGUGACUAAAGUGAAUGACGAGUUAUGUGAUAUCACCUUAAUAGAAAUUUAGUAUGUUUUGAAUGUAGUUCUAAAUUGAAGGUUCCUUUUCGAUUUUGUUAAAAAUUCAAAGAUUUUAUAUAUGCAUAAAAUAUUUUCAUAUAUUA